AUGGUUCUGCCAUCGCUUUCACCUACUCAUCUGCUCCGCUGGCAUUCCAACGCAGUGAGCAUCCUGAAAGCUCACACCAACUCACUGCUGGGCAUUGAAGAUUGGGAUUCUCAUAUCAUGACACUUGGGAGAGACAAUAAAAUUCACAUCUGGGCACGACCUGAAGAAUCCGCUUCUAUCAGACAAGGACACCACGAUAUGUUACUCUCUGGAUGUUCUUUCCUAGGAGCGACUAAGCAGGAAGGUCUCCUCGCUGUUCCGAACCUCGUAGAAUCAGCUCUGGCGGAUAUCUGGACACUUCCAUCGCGUCAAAGGCUGCACGUGGCCAUAGGCGAUCCACAAGACACUUUUGCGACACCAGGAAUCAUCAUGUCAGUGCACCUCUUUUACGCUCUUAAACCUGCUCCAUCGUCAUCUAUGUCUACAAAUGAGCUGCGCCUUUUGUGCGCGUACGAAGACGGAAGCGUCGUUCUGCGGAAGUGCACUGCACCUGAGAAUAAACAAUUCUUGUGGAAAUCCAAAAUUCACGUGGAAUCAGUGAUGGCGAUGGCUGUUUCUGCAGGUUGCACGUUUGCGUUGACCAUGUCGGCGGAUCAUCUGGUGGGACGGGAUGAUCUUGUGGUCGCGCAAAAGGCAUCAGAAGGAACUGUAUUCAAAACCAAACAUCCAGGAAACGGCGCUAUCACCAUACGCGGCGACGGAAGAAUUUGUACGACAGGGGGAUGGGAUGGCAAGGUGCGGUUAUACUCCACGAAGACUUUCAAGUCGUGCACCCUUGCUUACCAUAAACAUGGAUGUCAGGCGGUUACGUUUGCGAACUUGAGGGAGGAUGAGUCUUGUGGUGACGAGGACGAAAUGACCACAGAGGAAAAACAUGCGCGUGCUCGGUGGUUGAUCGCAGGCAGUACAGAUACGAAGGUGUCGAUUUGGGCGUCGAUGAAGUUCGAGAAGAGUCAGAAGACGAACGCAUGA